UAACAAGGCAUCCUCUUCCGAUGCAAAUAAGAUACUUAUCAGUCGGUCGGUGCCUUGAAAAAGAGCAUCAUGUCCCAGGCAGCGAAUCCGAAGGGAUCCAGAAACGUGACAUGGCCGCAAUGGGUCGCUGGCACUGGAGUUGCGAUACUGAUGCUUCAGCCAGGGAUGAUGUCAAGCUGGUCCUCUCCGUACAUCCCAUGGCUAAUAUCGCCAGAUUCGCCGAUCCCGGUCACGAUGACAGAGAUGUCCUGGGUAGUGUCGUUGCUCAACCUUGGGAGAAUAUUCGGCGCCGUCGCUGGUUCGUUGUGCGUCAACUAUUUAGGCAGCAAGACGUCGAUCAUGUUCACCUUGGUGGCGGCAACGUUGACUUGGACGUUCACGGUCGUGGCUAACGACGUCGCGUGGUUGUACGCAUCGAGAUUUUUCGGCGGCAUAACCCUGGGGAUGACGUUCAGCUGUUUCUCUCUCUACCUGGGCGAAAUAGCGAGUUCCAACAUUCGUGGAGCGCUAGUCGCGCUUGGCGUGACUGGCAUAACGUUUGGAAACUUCGUCAUGAGCAUCAUGGGAGCGUAUUUGUCUUUGAAGGUGUCUGGCACGAUCAGCCUGCUCUUGGCGCUGCUUUUAUUGUUGCUGUUCAUCUGGCUACCGGAAUCGCCGCAUCACUACAUCAGGAAGAAGAUGGAUGAGAAGGCGAAAUCAUCGAUACUCUGGUAUCAUCCGGACUGUGACGUUGAAUCGGAAUACUUGGCGUUGCGAAAAUUUAUCGAGGACCUCAGCAAACAACCGAUCUUGGUGACACUGAAGGAAUUCAAAUUGACACACUACAGGCAUUCGUUGCUGAUAAUAUUGAUAAUAUUAAUGCUGAGCCAAAUGAGUGGGUUGAACAACAUCUCGUUCUAUUUGGAGUCGAUUUUAACGAGGGCCAACGUGAAAACGAUAGCACCCUCGCUGGCAGUGAUAAUAAUGAUGGGAUCUGCGAUCAUUGGAUCCGUUCUGUCCAUGUUUCUAAUGGACACGUGCGGAAGAAAGUUUCUGAUUUGCAUAUCCAGCUCUGGUGUCGCGUUAUCGCUGUGUCUCCUGUCCACUGCGUUCCACCUGAUAGAUUACGGCGUCGAUCCUAAAGUGACAGAAGCGUUGGCAAUCUUCUCAGGCGUUCUUUUCUUCAUGAUGGCUUUCAUGGGCAUGUUUACCGUGCCGCCUACGGUGUUGGGCGAAUUAUUCCCGCCGCACCAAAAAUGUAUCGUGGCGUUCUUCGCCAGUAGCUCGUCCGGGUUCUUCUCGUUCGUCGCCACCAGUACUUAUUUACCUUUGUUGGAAGUGUUCACCGACAAGUACCUGUACUUCUUGUUUGCGUUCGUAACGUUCCUUACAGUACCGUACACGAUUCUCUUCGUCCCUGAGACGAAAGGAUUGUCCUUGCAGGAAAUUCAAAGCAAGCUGGUGAACAAGAAAUAGACCUCGAAUGGGACUUUACUUUGAGGACUUUGUGAUGGGCUGUUGGAAUGAAACUAUGCAUGUUUCACUGCGAUAGACGUGUAUCUAAGAAUUCGUGCGAUGGAAGGUUUGAUUUACCAUUGACAUAGACGUAUAUGCGGAAAGUGACGCAGAAGUGUUAGUCGUUUAGGUUAAAUACGCACGACGAACGUACUGAUCAAAUGUAUAAAUUAGUGAUAUAAGUUGUUCGCGAUUUCAUCGAACUCUUUUUGUAAAAGAAACGUGCGAAAUUGUAAAUACAUCGUCAAAGUCUGUAAAUAUAAUACUCACACCUAUAUUGUUAUAUAGAUAUAAUUUUUAGAAGGAAGAAGAAAGUCGCACCCCUAUACAAUCGCCUAAAUAAAUUUCAAUUGAAUUAUUCCAUCAAAAUCCAAAAUUGAAGAUUGCGUUUUCUCGAGAAUGCCAAAUAUUAGUCCUUCAUCUUCACACUUGCAAGCGUUUCUAUCGGUGUCCAGCGAGAAGUUUUCUUUCUUCUGCGUCCCCAUAGACAGGCAGAUAUAUCACUCAAAACGGAUGAAAGCGCGCAUCGCGAGGAAUUUCCCAGUAAAUCCGAAAAAGACCAACGGACCUUUCAAAUAAUAAUAGAGGAAGAGGUCGCCGA